AUGGGUAUUAUUACAUUUUCAAUAAUUACAAUACAUACAACAUUGCCGAUAUCUCGAUCAUGGACAGUUUUAAUGGCAUUAAUCACAUCAUUUAUUCAUUUAAUACUUGUAAUUCAGACACAUCGUACUAAUUAUUUAAAUAAUAAAUCUUCUCGUAUGGAAUUAAAACUUGAGGUUAUAUGUUUGUCAUUAUUCUACGCGGCAUGUAAUUUCUUUGGUUUAUGUCAUCGAUAUUUAACAGAUGCACAUCAAAAGAAAACAUAUCAAAAUACGAUGAGAUGUAUUGAAGCACGUUUAAGACUUGAACGUGAAAAAGAACAACAAGAAACAUUAAUUCUUAGUGUUAUACCAGCACAUAUUGCAUUAAGUAUGAAAUCAGAAAUGUUACGUAAAGUAAAAGAAACAGCUAAAUAUCAUAAUCUUCAAUCGAGAGAUUAUGAUGAUCAAAGAUCGAAUACAAAAAAAAUCAAUGUACGAAAAGCAACAUUUCAUGAUUUAUAUAUAAAAAAACAUGAAAAUGUAACAAUUUUAUAUGCGGAUAUUGUAAAUUUUACUCCAUUAUCAGAAAAAUUUACUCCACCAGAAUUAGUACAAAUUCUUAAUAAACUUUUUGGAAAAUUUGAUCAAUUAGCACAAGAAUGUGACUGUAUGAGAAUAAAAAUCUUAGGUGAUUGUUAUUAUUGUGUUAGUGGUUUACCUAUAAGUCGACCUAAUCAUGCAUCAAAUUGUGUUAAAAUGGGUUUAAAAAUGAUUGAAGAUAUUAAAUUAGUACGAGAAGCUACCGGUGUAAAUGUUGACAUGCGUAUUGGCAUACAUACAGGAAGAGUUUUAUGUGGAGUAUUAGGUUUAAAAAAAUGGCAGUAUGACACAUGGUCGGAUGAUGUUACAUUAGCUAAUCAUAUUGAAGCAGGUGGUGUACCAGGACGUGUUCAUAUAUCUGAUAGUACAUUACUGAGUUUGGGUAAUGAAUAUGAAGUUGAAGAAGCACAUGGAGAUGAACGUGAUUCUUAUAUUGCUAAAUUAGGUAUUAAAACAUAUUUUAUUAUACCAAAAGAUGUACCCAAUACUCAAAAUCAAUUAACGAUGAAUAAUGGUGAUACACGUAAAUUGAGUAAAAAAAUGCAAAAAUUAUUGGAUACAUGGUCAAAUGAAACACCAUUUUCUGCACAAGGUCUUGGUGAUAAUGAUAAAUCCGAUGCUGCAAAAAGUUUCGUACUUUUAGAAGAUAAUUUAAAACCAUUAGCAACAUCAUUUGGUUGCACACGUCGUCGACGAAGUGAAAAUGAUCUUGAACCAUUUACACUUGAAUUUAAUAAACAAGCAAAUAAAUGCCAAAAAGGUUUAGAUGAUGAUGAAGAAAAUCGAACUGCUAGUGAAGCAUUAUUUCGUUCAUUACCUGAAUUACGUUAUCGAUAUUAUAUUAUUAAUGCAGCUUGUAUUUUCUUUGCUAUUCUAAUCAUUCAAGCAUUAAUUUUAGAAAAAAAUGCUCUUUAUUUUAUUUUGGUGAUUGUUGGUUUAUGUAUAUUUAGUUUAGCAGCACUUCUUUGUGUUAUUGAUCUAUCAAAAUUACAACGUGACAAUCAUCGUUCAUUAUUAGAUCAAUCAACUUAUUUAGUGACACAUUAUUAUUUUAUUCGUCUACCUCUUAGUCUUAUAUUAAUUGCUGUUUGUAUUCUAACACCAUUUGCUGUAUCAUGGCAUUCAUCAAAUCACUCCAUAGUAGAAUCAUAUAGAAAUACAACUCUUGCACCAAAUCUUUCAUUGCAUCAAGAGAAUAUUUAUGAAACUCGUCUCGCACCAAUGCCUACGAUUAUUCUUGUUCCAUCACUAACAAAAAAUUCUCUAACAUAUGAAUUAUGUCAUCAUUUUGAAUUUCAUAUAUUAUUGAUUCAACUUGCUCUAUUAACUGUUUCAUCAUUUAUGCAUCUAUAUUUUCUACUUAAAGCAUUUAUUAUGAUUGUAACAGUCGCUAUUUAUGUAUUCUAUUCACAUUAUUUUAAUGUUUAUCAUAUUAUUGCGAAGAAUUAUGGUUUAACAAGUACUUCAUUAUUAAUACAAACAACAUUAGAAGUAAUUUUUUUUAUUCUUCUAUUAAUUGGCCUUGAUCGACGAAUUGAAUAUAUGAGUCGACUUGAUUUAUUAUGGACAGUUAAAUUUCAAAAUGAAAAACAUGAAGUCGAAACUGUUAGUACCAUAAGUCGACUUUUAUUAGAAAAUAUUUUACCUAAACAUGUUGCUGAAAUAAUUAUCAAAGAGAAUAUGUCUCAAGGUUUAUAUCAUGAAAGUUAUGAUAAUGUUGUUGUUAUGUUUGCAUCAAUACCGAAUUUUAAAGAAUUUUAUGUUCAAUCUGAUGCUAAUAAUGAUGGUUUAGAAUGUUUACGAUUAUUAAAUGAAAUUAUUGCCGAAUUUGAUAAAUUAUUAGAUAAAAAUAAAUUUAGUUGUGUUGAAAAAAUCAAAACUAUUGGUAAUACAUAUAUGGCAGCAGCUGGUCUUAAUCCCGGUGCUGAACAUAGAAUGACAAGAGAAAGAUAUAAUCAAAAUAUUGUUGCACUUGCUGAAUUUGCAUUUGCUAUGGUUGCAGUACUUGAAGGUAUCAAUCGUGAUUGUUUCAAUGAUUUUAAAUUACGUGUUGGCAUGUGUAAUGGCCCGCUUGUUGCCGGUAUUGUCGGUGCUAAAAAGCCUCAAUAUGAUAUUUGGGGAAAUACAGUUAAUGUUGCAUCACGUAUGGAUAGUACUGGUGUUGUUAGUUGUAUUCAUGUACCAGAAGAAACUCAAAAAGUUUUAUUUGAACAUGGUUAUCCAUGUGAAUGUCGUGGACCAAUCUAUGUUAAAGGUAAAGGUAAUAUGACAACAUAUUUAGUUCGACCACGUGGUUAUAUGGCGCCAACAUCAGUUAUAAAUGUUCCUUCGACAGGUACUACGUCGAAUAAAUGA